AGACAUGAUCUCUACUGAUCCUCUACACAUUAAGCUCAAUAGGACUCUAUUACUUACAAUUGGUUUAUGGCCUUAUCAACAAUCUAAAUUGGUUCGUGUUCAGUUAAUUUUAUUUUUUGGAAUUUUGUCGACGUCUAUUCUAUUUCAGUUUACAAUAUUUUUGACUUCAAAAUGUACUAUGGAUCUCCUCAUUAAUGUUCUUUCUUCUGCAUUAUAUUACACUGUUUUUAUAAUAGUAUAUGGUUCACUUAGUAUGAAUAUCGAAGUCGUGAAAUAUUUCCUGGAACAACUGCAGCAUAUCUGUGAUGAUUUAUCUGAUGAAAAUGAAAUAGAUAUCAUAAAAAAAUAUGGUAGCAAUGCUAAACACUACACUAUUACAUUGAUAGUAUUUGUUGUAUUCGGAAUAUUCGUUUUAUUCUUGAAUCAAUUUUGGCCGAUUGUGUGUGAUAUCCUGUUCCCUAUAAAUGAGACCCGAUUUCAUCUAUCGUUGCUGUUUAUAACUGAAUAUUUCGUCGAUCAAGAAAAAUAUUAUUACUUAAUUUUGAUACAUAUAAACGCGGCCACUUUUAUAGGAAUGAUCACAAUGGUAGGGACAGGCACAUUGCUCAUAAUUUAUCAACAGCAUGCAUGUGGAAUGUUCCGAAUUGCCAGUUAUCGUAUCGAACAAGCGAUGGCAAUGGAUAUGUCACAGAAGAACAACUUAAAAACAUUGAUUUAUAAAGGAUUAAUUGAUGGUGUCGACAUGCAUCGUGAAGCUAUGAAAUUUUCCGAUUUGUCAAUAUCCAAAUUUAAAGUAAUGUUCUCCCUCAUGAUGCUAUCUGGAAUAUGGUGUACAGCUAUUAAUUAUUUUCAAAUUUUUCAAUUAGUUUCAUUUGGAUUCAAUUUUAAGAAAUUUCUAAUACCUAUGAUGUCCGUACUGACAUUAGUAUUGUGUAUACUUAUUAGUGGUUAUAUUGGCCAACAAAUUAUAGAUCACAAUAAUGAUGUAUAUGAUACCGUGUACAAUGUUCGGUGGUAUACAGCGCCUUUACAAAUACAAAAAAUGAUAUUGUUCCUUUUACAAAGAAGUAGCAAAGUUUUCAAUUUAAAUAUUGGCGGAUUAGUUGUUGCAUCGGUUGAAGGUGCUGCUACACUGAUGAAUGCUACAUUAUCAUAUUUCGUUCUUCUUCAUUCUACGCAAAAUAAAUAAAUUAAUAAUAUAUACAGUAUAUAGCAAAGCAAAUGGUAAUAUCAAAAUGGAGUCUGUUAUGUACAAAUAAUAUUGCCUAAUAUUGAUUAACAAUGUAAAAAAAAUCCAAUGAGGCAUUGAUGCAUAACUU